GUGUGUGUGUGUGUGUGUGUGUGUGUGUGUGUGUGUGUGUGAAGCUGUAGCCCUUCUCGCCGGUCUUUCCCCAGUCAUGCUCCUCCCGGUGCGCUGCAGUGAUGAUGGUGACAUGCUGCGCUAGUAUCGGUUGGUCGCUGUCGGUGCUCUCGGCGCUCGUGACAGUGCUAAUCGGUGCGCGCCCCGUCACGUGCCGCAGCGCGCUCCCGGUCAUCAUCACUAACAUCACCGACAUCAACAUCUCCAACUCCUCCAUGUCCUCUUCACACUUCUCCUCCGCUGCACCGCCAAGGCACGCGCGCAGCUACCCUCACCUGCAAGGCGACACGCGCCGCCGGAAACUCUUCUCUUUCCAAAGGUUGUUCCUCCGGAUAGACGGCACCGGGAAAGUGACCGGCACCAGGAGCAAAGAUGAUGUGCACACUGUUCUGGAGAUCAGGUCUGUGGAUGUGGGAGUGGUGGCCAUACGGAGCCUGACCACUGGUUAUUACCUCGCUAUGAACAGGAGAGGAGAUGUGUAUGGAGAGAGAGAGUACAGUGUGAACUGUGGGUUAAAGGAGCGUAUCGAGGAGAAUGGCUACAACACGUAUGCCUCGGUGAAGUGGAGGAAAGAACACAGAGCCAUGUUCAUUAGCCUGAACACUAACGGGAAACCACUGCGUGGCAGAAAAACACACAGGAGGAACACAAACACACAUUUCCUGCCCAUCAUUGUGUGAGGUGUAACACGUGGCCUGCUGGUGAAGAACACUUAUGUGUGGUACAGGACUGAUGAGAGGAGUGUGUCAGAAACUCAGUGUUGAGGAGUUCACUUCAUACAUUGAUUGUGGAUCAGAACUUUUAUUUCUUUGCAGCAGUGAGUUCAACACACACACACACACACACACACACACACACACACACACACACACACACACACACACACACACACACACACACACUCUUGCAGCUCAUAGAUUCUCACAACCUGGAAGUCAGAAGGUGGAAUUCAGGAGCUGAACUGAGGAAUGGAAUCCAGAAAUAAAAUGAACUCAUGAAACUCUGAGGAUCUGUGAUUCAGAAGCUGGAAUUUUGAAAUCAGAGCUUUGGGAUCUGAAUUUGUCAGUGACAUAGACAUCAGCACCAAAGGGAACUCAGAAUCUGUCAGAAUUCAGAACAUAUAAUUUACAAAACCUAUGAAUUUCACUUUCAGUUUCUGAAAAUCAAAAACUUACAAACACAAAAGCUUUAAUUAAGACAUUAAAGAUUAUAAAGCAUA